GGGGCGCCGGCAGGGGGCGUGGCCCAGUCGGGGUGUCCCGGGAGCAGCACGUGGAGGCUGCCGCUGUCCGUCUGCUCGUGCCGCGGGGGUGGGAGUCGCGCGCCGCCGCCAUGCAAGAGCCGGAGCAGCCCGACGGGGGGGCCUCGGGCGACCCCGAGUGGAACAUCCCGCCCAACGCGCCCGCCUGCAUGGAGCGCCACCUGGACGGGGCCCACUACCGCCCAGAUGGAGCUCUUCUCCUGGGUGCUUCUAGCUUGAGUGGACGUUGCUGGGUGGGUUCCAUUUGGGUAUUUAAGGAUCCAGAACGGGCCCCUAAUGAAGGCUUUUGCUCUGCUGGGGUUCAGACGGAAGCAGGCGUAGCGGAUCUGAAAUGGGUAGCGGAUAAAGGAAUACUAGUGGCCUCAGAUUCUGGUGCUGUGGAGCUCUGGGAGUUGGAUGAGAACGAAACUCUAAUAGUGAACAAGUUUUGUAAAUAUGAGCAUGACGACAUUGUGACAACAGUGAGCGUUUUCACUAACGCCACUCAGGCGGUUAGUGGCAGCAAAGACUUCUGCGUGAAGGUUUGGGACAUCCCACAGCAAACAGUGCUGCACUCUUACAGAGCUCAUUCCAGCCCAGUGACAUGUGUGGCCUCUUGUCCUGGUAAGGAUACCAUGUUCCUGUCCUGUGCUGAGGAUGACAGAAUUUUACUGUGGGAUACCAGAUGCCCCAAACCAGCUACUCGAAUUGUUUGCAGUGCCUCUGCUUACCUCCCUACCUCAGUUAUGUGGCAUCCAGAGCAAAGUGACACAUUUGUUUUGGGUGAUGAAAAUGGGACAGUUGCUCUUGUAGACACGAAGAACCCAGACUCCGCUCUAAGUUCAGCUGUGCACUCCCAAACCAUCACUGGGUUUGCAUUUUCUACACACAGUUCGCCCCUUCUGGCUUCAAUUAGUGAAGACUGCUCGGUAGCUGUUCUUGACUCUAGCCUUUCAGAGGUUUUCAGAAGUCGCUCUCAUCGAGACUUUGUGAGAGGCCUAUCGUGGUCUCCCUUGAACAAGGCCUUGCUCUCUACAGUUGGAUGGGACCAUCAAGUUUUACACCACACAGUUCCAACACAGACUACUGAAGCUGCUGGGAGCAACAGUGUACAUGACUAGUUUUAUAAACUCACUGGUCCAGAUUUAUCCCCGGUAUAACUCCACAUGUUAUGCACCAGGGAUGUAUAUGGCCCAUUGCCUGUCUCAGAACUUAUGGCUUGCAACCAAGAAGGCAGGUCCUGUAGCAACUUUGCAUUAGGCACAAGCUAAUUACAAAAACAGCCCCUUGAUGUAGAGUCCAGAUUCACCUGUGAUAAAGCUUUAACAUGUUGCACCAGAGAAUGCUGAUUUCAGGCACAAGGAAUUGCAGGGAAGUGGACAAUUAGGUAAAAAAUAAAUAAAUAAAAACCAUAAA